GCGUCUGUUAUUGUCCCCGCUGCGCGGUUUGCGGAGCGGCUGGAGAGGCGUGCGGGCUCCAUCAUCUCCGUGUACCCCGACUCGUGGGCGUGGGACGUGGGUGAACAACGGGCUCCCUUCCUCCCGCGGGGCUCCGAGCAGCGGCCGCUGUCCCGCGCGCUUGCCGAGCGGCUGCCAGCCGGGGGCCGAUCGGAGGGAAGGGGCUGCCAAAGCUCCUGCAGUCGCGUCCCAGCCCCGGGUCCCAGGCCCCCUUGAGAUCUCUCUUUCCCCUGUUCUGCAGGUUCGCUUGCGGCGCCAUGGCUCAGAGGGCCUUUCCGAAUCCUUAUGCCGAUUAUAACAAGUCGCUGGCCGAAAACUACUUUGAUUCUACUGGGAGGCUGACUCCUGAGUUCUCCCAUCGCUUGACCAAUAAGAUUCGGGAGCUCCUUCAGCAAAUGGAGAGAGGCCUAAAGUCUGCAGACCCUCGGGACGGCACUGGGUACACCGGCUGGGCAGGCAUUGCUGUGCUUUACCUGCACCUCCACAAUGUGUUUGGGGACCCAGCCUAUCUACAGAUGGCUCACAGCUACGUAAAGCAAAGCCUAAACUGUCUGAGCAGGCGUUCCAUCACCUUCCUGUGUGGCGAUGCAGGUCCCCUGGCUGUGGCUGCUGUGCUGUACCACAAGAUGAACAGUGAGAAGCAGGCAGAGGAUUGCAUCACACGGCUCAUUCACCUAAAUAAGAUUGAUCCCCACGUACCAAAUGAAAUGCUCUAUGGCCGCAUAGGCUACAUCUUUGCUCUGCUUUUUGUCAAUAAGAACUUUGGAGAGGAGAAGAUUCCUCAGAGCCAUAUUCAGCAGAUUUGUGAAACCAUCUUAACCUCUGGGGAAAACCUAUCUAGAAAGAGAAACUUCGCAACAAAGUCUCCACUGAUGUAUGAGUGGUACCAGGAAUAUUACGUGGGGGCUGCUCAUGGCUUGGCGGGCAUUUAUUACUACCUGAUGCAGCCCAGCCUUCAGGUGAACCAAGGAAAGUUGCAUAGUUUGGUGAAGCCCAGUGUAGACUUUGUCUGCCGGCUGAAGUUUCCUUCCGGCAAUUACCCUCCAUGUUUGGAUGAUACCAGAGACCUGCUUGUCCACUGGUGCCACGGUGCUCCUGGGGUCAUCUAUAUGCUCAUCCAAGCAUACAAGGUGUUCAAAGAGGAGCGUUACCUGUGUGAUGCCCAGCAGUGUGCUGACGUGAUCUGGCAAUAUGGGCUACUGAAGAAAGGCUAUGGGUUGUGCCAUGGUGCUGCAGGGAAUGCCUACGCUUUCCUGGCACUCUAUAACCUCACACAGGAUGUGAAGUAUCUGUACAGGGCCUGCAAGUUUGCUGAAUGGUGCUUAGACUACGGGGAACACGGAUGCAGGACAGCGGACACCCCCUUCUCCCUCUUUGAAGGGAUGGCUGGAACAAUAUAUUUCUUGGCUGACCUGUUAGUCCCCACAAAGGCCAAGUUCCCUGCAUUUGAACUCUGAAAAGAAAGCAUGUCUCCUGCCGCUUACAGCAUGAUUCUGUGUAUUACUCUGAGCUACGCAUUUCCCUUGCUUUUGAAGGAAGCAGAAUGAAACUCUGUACUUUGAAGUAGUCGGGUUUUUAUUUCCAUAAUUUGUCUUUAGCAGUUCAGCGCCUUUUAUUGUUUACUUUUUAUUUAUAAGUGUACAUAAAGCCAUCUUAAUUGUCUUCCAAAGGGAAGGAUGGAUGACAGAACAGUAUUUUGUGGUCAUUUACAUGGUUCCCAGACGUGCAGGAAAUGUUCCUCUUACAACUUAUCAAUCAGUGUAAGCCAUGUCUGGGAGCAUGAUAUCCCAUCUCCUGGGGAGAGAGGCAGGGGGAUCAUAAGUUCAAGGCCAACCUCGGCAACUUAGUGAGACCCUUUUUCAAAGUAAAGAAGAGGAGAGACCUGGCAUAUAGCUGAGUGGUAGAACACUUUCCUAGCAUGCAGAAGAGCCCUGGGUUCUGCCCCAACACAGAUACACACAGUGCACACACAGGCUCAGUGCAAGUGGACAGAUAACAUGUAGAUGGCUGUUGCUGGGUACUGCCUUCCAUCUCUUCUGUUGAGCACUCCUCCUCCACAGAGAGUAGUUCUGGGACUGGGUUCUCUCAAGUGGUGAGCAAAGGGGACAAAAAAAAAAUGUAGCCUAUGCUUCUGGAAGAAAAACUGCAAGAGUUAUAGACUAGAUUUUGGGCCUAAAUGUCAUUUUUAAAUUCCUAGUUUCUGUCUGAACUAGAAAUACCACUUAAUAAGCCACACAGGCCCUAUCUACCAGCAACAUCAUCAAAAUGGUUGUGAUGCACAUUCUGAUCUGAAAGUUUAUUCACAAAUAACAGUUCCUUGGUUUGUCUUAUAUUUCAGAAAUGUUUAUUUGAAAAGUUGUUUGUCCUUCAGUAUUCAUAUGAGAUCUAGAAGUAGAUUUUCUGAGUGAAUUUGCUGAGAUAGGAUUCCAACCUGACCUUUGGCUGACCUUGAGACGUUUGGCUCAGAUUUGACUUGCUUUUCGCUGACUGCCUGAGUGAAUGCCACAUGUCAUCACCUUCUGUCAAUUGAUUUGAACAUUGAUCUCUUCAUUAAAUAGUACAAAAUCUAAUUCUGCGUACAAAGAGCGUGGAAAGGGAGCUGCUCUAACCAGUAGCUUCUAAGAAAACACAGCUCUUGACAAGUAUUUAGCUGGAAUGGGAUGUGACUGCCUUCAUGGUUGUAACAAAUGGCAGUUUGCGUAUCCCAAGAGCAAGUGUCCUUGAGAUUCUGAGACCACCUGGAAGUCAGGUUUGUUUGCACGUUGUUUGAAGACUCCCUGGGGCUUCAGCCUCUGAACAGAUGCCUGUUGGCUCUUUAGCUCCUCCCUCCUUUCCUUGAUAUCAAAGGCCUAUCCAGACUCUGUAACUGACGUGGUAACAUUCUCCAGUUUUAAAACAACAGGGUCUAAGAUUUAUUUAAUGUGCUAUUUGUGGCUCUUUUGGUCAUGCUAUUUUUAUUGGAAAUCAAAUCCCCAUGGAGUGUAUCCUGGUUGCUAUAAGGAGUAAUCUCUUGUUAUUUUCUAUUUCGUACCAAGUUAGCUAAUAUAUGGAAUUUUCUGGCCCUUAUAGGGUGCCUACAAUAGGAUCCAAAGAGCAGCCCAGCGCUCAAUUUCUUGGAUUGAAUUGGUCCUUCUCUGACCCCUGUGCAUCAGGGACUUGUGCGUCCUCAUCCUCAGAAGUUGUGUGUAGACUGCCAGGUGAAGGCCAUGUUUCAAUUAUAUCAAUAUUUAUAAGUCCCUCAUAGGUAGCAAAGUGCAUCUGUUUGGCUGGGUGUCCAGCCUUAGAAAAGAAAGCCCACUUUGUUUAGAUAAAUGGCUUAUUAUAUUCUGCCUGUACUUUACUAUAGAUACUUAUUAAAGAAAAAGAGGAAGUGUUUUGGUCAGCCAGGAGACUUGGUCACAGUGCUUCCCCAGACAUCCUGAUGAAUGUCACCUCCUGCAUGUUGUUACCUGUGAACAGACUCGUGAACACCAUUCAGCUCUCUUCACUGUAGCAUUUUAGAAACUCCUUACACUGACAGUGUUUAGACCGCUGUUGACUAAUGGUUAAGAGCUAGGAGAGCUUUCUAAGGGUCUUAAACUCAGGUGGAAUACAAGGCUGACACCCACGCCCCUCCUCGGGUAGAGGCCACAAGAACCGUUUCCAUUCAGGUGUCAUGCAGACAUGGUUGCUUUUGUUCUUUUGCAUUUUUCCCUCAGAGGUUUUUCUUCAUGGUUUCAAAACCUUCCGGUGGCUGCUUCGGAAAACUCAGUGGCAUUGUUCAUCUCCAUCCAGAGACUGGAUGCUAAGGUGUUCCGAGCCUGCCAGGCACUCUAUUUAUCCCCUUUUCUGCCCUGAACUUGAAUCGUAUCACAUGUCAGCAUUGAUGUGGCCAUCUCCAUAGAUCCCACCAGGAGUCCAUUUCAUACCAGCUGUCGGUCUUCCAUCCUCAGAGCCAUCUGGUUCCCUUAGCCUCGUCCUGUCCUGCCUGUAUCAGGGCAGAAAGCCCCCCUCAGAUUGAAGAGGAUCUAGUAUUUUUUUUCUCCUUCCCUGUUUCUCUAAGUAACAGAGUUGCAGCACUCUAUUCCUGUGUCCUCAGGUCAAUAUGUAUCUAGAUUACUGGGCCUAAUUUUGAAAUAAGUAGUGUAAGUGGGAACUUUCACUUCUAUCCUCCUUAGGCUCCAAGAACUCAGGGUUAGUCCCCUGCUUACUUGCUUACUCCAGUUCCUUUCUUUUUUGCUUCCUCAAAACAGGUCAGAGCAGGUUUCUGAGGGCUCCAUACUGCUGGGCCAUAGAAAACCGUUUACAUCUGGUGAACAGGAGUCAGUGAAGGGGGCAUUGAGAAAUCACCCCAAGGUUCAUUGCCACUAAACUGGGAAGGGCUGGUUUCAUAUCUAUCUGUAUGUUAUGGGAGGGAUUAAAUUCACUGGUCUUCAAUAAAAUGUUAUUAGGCCUGA